AUGGAAGAUGCGCCCCAAGCGGGGCGAGCCCAAGAGCUGCUGCUUUUGUGGAACAACUUGCUGGCUGCCUCCCUUAGGCUGGACCUUGCUCUUUCUUUUCCCUUUCCCGGCCGCCCAGUGGUUCCGCAGGCUCUCCCGCUGCUGCUUUCUGCCCUGAUGUCAGGGGCGAUUUCGAAGUCCCUGGCCCCGACUCAGCAGCCUUUCCCCCAGAGGAGCUGCCAGAUCAGCCAGUUCAAGUCUCUUUCGCCUCGGGAGCUGGAAACCUUCAAGGUGGCCAAGGAUGCCUACGAGAAGAUCAUGCUUCAGACGGAGAGGAAAUGUAGCUCCAGAGCCUCUCCCUCACAACGCCUCUCAUCUCUCCCCUCACAGGUGUCAGUUCGGCCCGUGGUCUUACAGGCUGAGCUGAAAUUGACUCUGGAGGUCUUGAAAGCCGUAACCAAGCCUGAGUUGGACAGCGUUCUGGCUCAGCCCCUACAAACGCUCAGCCACAUCCACCAAGAGAUCCAAAGCUGUGUUACUUCCCAGACCUCUAAAGAACACAGGCUUCCAGGCCGCCUGAAGAAUUGGCUGAACAAGCUCAGUGAGGCCAGAAAGGAGCCUCAAAAUUGCCUAGAAGCAUCCAUCAUGCUCAAUCUCUUCCGACUCCUGACCCAAGACCUCCGAUGUGUAGCCUAUGGGGACCUCUGUUGAAGAU